UGACAGAUAACACAAGUGGCAGGUAACGAGCCAGUAAGCUGUGACCACCCAGAGAGUAGGGAGAACAAUAUGCUGUGGUCAACAGGAGAAGAGUAAGCUGUGGUUACCGGAAAGCAGUAAGCUGCUGUCGCCAGGAGAGCAGUCUAGCAAUAGUCGUGGUGACCAAGGAUGCAACCAAUCACAUGCACUUAAACAAUCAUGAAGGGACUACAGUGCCUGAUUAUCCUUUGCGCUCUUCUUGUACAUGUUGCUUAUGCCAGAGUAGAGGCAGCAGUGUCAGAGGUGAUGCUGGAUGGUGACGUAGAGGAAAUUAUUGCUGAGGAGGAUGAGACGAUGAAACCAGUAGGCAAGUCUGAGGAAGAGGCAGACGACCUUGUUAUUGAGGAUGUGGAUGAGCCUGGCGACAAGUGCAUCAGGUACUCUCCUAAGGAAGUCUUUUAUUCUCACCUCAACCCUCGGCUCCUCAGGAUAUUAGAUGAGUUAAGUCACUUUGUUGAGUCGGUGAUGAGUCGGAUUGAGUCUUCUCUACAAACACUGCUUCCUUUUGUUAUUCAGUCACCCAUAGGCAGGAUGAGGGUGGAGGAGGUGUUCCCCGAGGUGCGUGCCUUCAUGAUGGGCACCAUGAGGGAUGUGUAUGAUGAGAUUGGUGCCACCUGGAAGGAUUUGAUUCAUGCCCAUGCCCACCGCCUCGCAACACCCUCACACACCUUAACACUGCUCGCCCACAUCAGGGAGACGCAGCAGCAGGGGGAGCAAAGGCUGGUGAUUAGUCUGCAAGAGUUCUCUGUCACCCUCAAGGCUAUUAUCUACAACAGUAUCCAGGUCGUCCAAUCAUCUCUGAAGCUCCCCAGUGAGGCAGACAACCUCAGUGCUGACCUGGUCAUCAACAGCAGAAUAUUUAAGGACUCCCCUAACUUUCUCGGGUCACUGAUGUCAAUGAUCCUAAAACGUGGAAGUGAUCCAUCUGGUUACAAGAAGGCAUUCAUGAAUCCACUAAGAUCCGCUACGGCAUUCGUCGAUAAGAUGUACACCUCUCUGGAAACACUCAUAGAAAAAGAUGGUUGGGACCAGGUGAUGGAGAGCUUCUGGAGAAGUACCAUCAUCGCCGCCCAAAAUUACACUAAGGAGUCUCCCAUCCACGAUGUGAACUUUGAAGUUAUAUUUCAAAAUGAAGAAUACCUGGCGGAGCUGGUCCUCCAGCUGAUGGCCUCCUUCUGAUGCAGAACUGAUCUUUAUGUAGAAUUCGACAUUUAUUUGACAGUUAUGCCUCAAUUUCACAACGUCCCUGCUAGCAAACAUCUUCAACAAUAUUCAAAUUUAAUAUAAAUAAAGAGUAACAUACCAAAAAUCUGUCAGCUGGUGAUCAAUCACGUAGAAUUAUCUUACUAAUUCAUUAUCAUUGUAUCCUCCUUAGUAAAACUGACAUUUUUAGUGAUACAAA